AUUGCACAUAUGAGCCUGUGAUGUGUUGAAACGUUUCUAAAGCUGUCAUAAGGACAAUCUGCUGUGAGCACUGGUCAUGGACUUAAACUGCAGUGUGGUGAACAACAGUGAGGCUGCCCUCAUUCUCUUCCAGCAGGUGGGCUACACACCUGUGUUUGCUGUGGGCCUGCCCCUCAACAUCUCGGCCCUCUGGUUCUUCUUCCGAAUCCGCCACUGGACGAGCACUCACAUCUACAUGUUCAACCUAAUGCUCGCUGACUUCUUACUCAUCCUCUUUCUGCCCUUCCGGAUAUUUGACACCUUCUGCCCCAUGCGCCCUUCAGAGUUCUGCACAUUCCUCAUAUGCGUGCAUUACAGCAACAUGUAUGUUAGCAUCUUUACCAUCGCCGUGAUCAGCGCCCACCGCUUCAUAGCCAUCAAGUUCCCCUUGCUGACCAAAGCUUUAGAAGCCAGGAAAAAGGCUAUAGCAAAAAUUGUGUGUGUUCUCAUCUGGAUGAUGGUGAUGUCAAUCUGCACAAGUUUCCUUGACAAUUUGCGUAAGGACAAGUUGCGGAAAUGCUACGUGCACAGAGCAGAUCGGCAACUGCAGCUAUCUUUCUUACUGGUUCUGGAGAUUGUUGGCUAUCUUCUGCCGAUAGCCAUCAUCACAAUUUGCUCCACACAAGCAAUCUGUACGAUUCUGAAAUCAACAGAGGCAGACGGUAGCCUUCAGCAGUUUGAGAAGAAAGACGUCUUAGAAAGGAAAAGGAUAGUGGCCAUAAUCACAGCAAACAUGAUUGUUUUCAUAGUUUGCUUUACUCCCAUCCAUAUUAGUUAUCUGGUGAGUUAUCUUUCGCCACAUGAGCCUGGAAAGGUUAAAUUUAGUUCUGUCUUUUAUGAAGUCUCUGAAUGGAUAGCAACAACCAACUGUUGCCUGGAUUCUGUGGGGUAUUACUUGUUGUUGAAAAAGGUUUUCAGAGCAAAGAGUUAGCCUGGCUUACUCAACAAGGUAUAACACAUCUGUACUAGCAUGGAUCAGGAACAAAAAUUGGCAUUAGACUUUUAUACAGACCAGCCUACCACAAUCAGACAGAUGCCAACCAUCCUUGUACCCCUCUUAAGUGUAUGCUUACUUGCCAUGCUGUUUUUUUUUUGUUGUUGUUUUAUUUUUUGGGUAAAUUCGGGUUGGAAGGUUGUAUAUUUAGGAUGGUUAAUAUGACUAGUAAAUAUGACUAAACUCUGUUCGGGUGCUUGUCAAUAGAUAUGCCCACCACAUGGAAAAGAAAUCAUGGCGGUGGCAGUUUACACAAUUUACAAGAGGGAAAAUUGGUAUUUACCAGUUUCUGACUCCUCUUGACCGCAGUAUAAGACAAAACAAAUGAAUAAAUAUUAUGAUACUGUAGCUUAAAAUCACAGGAGACCCUUCUGGAUCUCACUGGAACAUUCCGGCUCCUCCCCCUCAUUAUCCUUAACACCUGUUGAAUUGAGUGACUCUGAUUCUGUUUUCAUGUCAUUUUAGCCGUGUUUCCAAGUGUGCCUCAUUAGUUCUUCUGAUUUUUGACUUUGUUAAUGACUGGUUGAUGCAUUUGCCUGCAUUUUGUUUAUUUUGUGAUUCCAGCCUCUCAAAAUUAAUGCAGUGUUUAUUAUAAUAAUACAAAAAAAAAACAGACAAUACAUUUUUUGUUAAUUAGUUAAAGUAAGUUUUAUUACAAAUGAAAGUAAUAAUGAACAUGAUAACAUAACUAACUGUGUUAAAUUUGAGAACAAAUGAACUGACAAUUCUACUGAAUGGAGAGCUGAAAGAGUCGGCUCUUAUUUGUAAGCUGAGCCAAUUGACCUGAUAGAUCUUAUGAUGCUGUAGUUUAAAAUCACAGGAGGCUCUUCUGAAAAGAGCCAGAGUGCCCAUCACUAUUUUCACUGGUCACUUUGUUUAGGCUAUUUUACCUUGUUUGUAGGUAAUAAACAGAUGGGUGACAAAUUAAAGGAAAAAACAACUUUGUGUCUUAGGAAGGGG